GACAGAUGAGGAGGAGGACUUAGAUGCUGCAGAUCACCUGUCACUGUCUCCGUCUAAUGCAUCUUCCAGAAAGACAACAGUGAUUAAUUUACACUCCACUUUCUUCCAAGGACCCUGACUCUUCUGUGGCUGAAACACUCUCAGGAAUUAUGGUCCAAGUUCACGUUCUGAUCGUUUUCCUGACCUGUAUGGUUCUGUCAGAGGCCCAACAUGAGCCAGGCUUUUGUGCUUUCUACGAGGAGUGUGGUCGUAACCCUUCCCUGGGAGACACCCUCAUUCCUCCUAUCGUCCCCUGUCUCAAUCCCAGCCCUGCCCGACACCUCAAAGGACAACACUACCUGAAACUCAAAAAGGUCUGUCCCAUUCUGGACCGUGGAGAGAACAACACAUAUGCCUGCUGCUCCAUGAAACAGCUGAAUUCCCUGGAAAUGAGCCUGACCCUGUCCAAGGCAGUGCUGAUCCGUUGCCCUUCCUGCGCCGACAACUUUGCUCACCUCCACUGCAUCAACACCUGCAGCCCAAACCAGACCCAGACAGUCAAUGUCACAAGGGUGAUGAACGUCACUCAGCUAAACGUAACAAGAGAAGCUGUUAUAGCUUACCAGUCAUUCAUCACCACCACCUUUGCAGAGGCCUCCUUCCAGUCUUGUAAAAACGUCAGGAUCCCGGCCACGGGCGGCUUCGCAAUCGCCACUAUGUGCGGCCGCUAUGGUGCCAAACUGUGCACCGCCCAGCGCUGGUACGAUUUCCAGGGGGACUCGAGUAACGGCCUGGCUCCACUGGACAUCGACUUCCAUCUGUUGAAAGAGGGCGACACUACGGGACUGCCGGAGGGUAUGAUGCCAUACAAUGGACGUGCUCUGAAGUGUAAUGAGACCACAACUACGGGAGGAGAGGUCUGCUCCUGCCAAGACUGCCAAGAGUCGUGCCCGAGUGUGCCAACUCCCGAUCCACCUCCGCCUCCCUUCACGGUGGCAGGGACGGACGGUUUCCUCGUGAUUUCUAUCAUCUUACUCUGCGUACUGACAGUGGCCUUCCUUAUUUACCUCGCUGUCUCUUACCUGCUGAUCUUUGGAAAAAGAAAGAGUGAGGAGAAAAGAAAGAGGAAAGACCAGGACAGUAAUGGUGAGACCGAGCAGGUCAUCGAUCCAUCAGAAGUGACCUGUAUAGACAAGAACAGCUUAGCUGCCCAGGCUUUCCUUAGCUUACAGUUUCAGCGUUGGGGAACCAUGAUAGCCACUUAUCCACUCACGGUGCUCCUCCUGUCAGCGAUAGUCGUCGCCGUCUUCGCCGCUGGGGUCAAGUCCAUUGAGCUCACCACUGACCCAGUUGAGCUGUGGUCUGCUCCCAACAGCCGGGCCCGCCAGGAGAAAGACUUCCAUGACACGCACUUUGACCCAUUCUUCAGGACAAACCAGCUCAUCUUGACAGCACCAAGCAGAAAAGGCAACGUUUACAACUCGCUGCUGUUUGGACGGCAGAACUUCAGCGGCAUUGUGUCCAAAGAUCUCAUCAUUGAGCUUCUGGAGCUCCAGAAACGAAUACAGAAUAUCGAGUUCUGGUCAAAGGAGUUGAAUCGCACAGCGAGUCUGAAGGACGUGUGUUAUGCACCACUGAAUCCAGUCAACGCCUCCCUGACUGACUGUGCUGUCAACAGCCUGCCACAGUACUUCCAAAACAGCCUUGACAACAUUAAUGCCAAGGUGAAUAUGACUGAACUUGGAGUGACCAAAGAGGUGGACUGGAGAGACCACUUAAUCUACUGCCUCAAUUCACCACUGUCCUUCAAAGACAUCACAGACUUAGGUCUGAGCUGCAUGGCUGAUUACGGAGCCCCAGUCUUUUCGUUUCUGGCUGUUGGAGGCUACGAGAAUGACGACUUCACCAACGCUGAAGCUCUCAUCCUGACCUUCUCCCUCAACAACUACGCUCGCAGCGACCCCAAAUUCAAAGUGGCCAUGCAGUGGGAGUCAGAGUUUCUUAAAGUUAUCCAGGACUACCAGAAGGACCCCGCAUGCAGCUUCACCUUUGCAUACAUGGCAGAGAGGUCUUUAGAGGAUGAGAUUAAUCGAACGACAGCAGAAGAUAUCCCCAUCUUCAUGAUCAGCUAUGCAGUCAUCUUUGUUUACAUCGCUGUGGCACUGGGGGACUACACUUCAUGGAAGCGCAUACUGGUGGAUUCCAAGUUUAUGGUAGGUCUCGGUGGGAUCCUGGUGGUCGGCUGCUCCGUCCUGGCCUCCAUGGGUUUCUACUCUUGGAUCGGCAUCCCCUCCUCGCUGGUCAUUCUGCAGGUGGUGCCCUUCCUGGUGCUCGCUGUUGGAGCUGACAACAUCUUCAUCUUUGUUCUGGAGUAUCAAAGAGACAUGAGGAGGCCUGGAGAGAAGAGGGAGGAGCAGAUCGGUCGGGUGCUUGGAAACGUGGCUCCCAGCAUGCUCCUGUGCAGUCUCUCUGAGUCUGUCUGCUUCUUUCUAGGGGCUCUGUCCACCAUGCCCGCAGUGAAGACCUUUGCUUUGUACGCUGCUUUGGCUGUGCUCUUUGACUUCGUCCUGCAGAUGACAGCCUUUGUCGCUCUGCUGUCCCUGGACACCUGGCGACAAGACAACAACCGCUGUGAGGUGUUGUGUUGUGUUAAAGUGUCAAAGAAGCGUCCCAACAAGCCCAAUGAGGGCUUCCUGCUGCCCGUCAUGAGGAAAUACUACGCCCCCGUCUUACUACACCGCUUCACCAGGAUCAUAGUGAUGGUGGUUUUCAUCUUCAUGUUCUGUGCGUCCUUCUACCUCAUGAUGAAUGUGACAGUGGGUCUGGAUCAAGAGCUGGCUAUGCCUCAGGGCUCUUACAUGUUGACCUAUUUCGAGUACCUGUACAAAUACUUUGAAGUCGGAGUCCCCGUUUAUUUCGUAACAAAAAAGGGCUUCAACUUCACCUCAGUGGCCGGCAUGAAUGCAGUCUGCUCCAGUGUGGGCUGUGAUCAGUUUUCCAUGACCCAGAAGAUCCAGUAUGCCACCAAAUACCCGGAACUAUCCUAUCUGGCCAUUCCCGCGAACUCAUGGGUGGAUGAUUUCGUUGACUGGUUGAACCCUGGAUCCAAAUGUUGUCGUCUGUACACACUGGGACCAAACGUUGGAAAAUUCUGUCCUGCGAGUGAAGCUGGUUACAAAUGCGGCCGCAAGUGCAUGACCACUCCUCUGGAUGGUGUCCUCAGGCCCACUGUGGACCAGUUCAACCGCUUCCUCCCUGACUUCCUGGGAAACAGGCCUGACCUGCAGUGCCCCAAAGGUGGUCUAGGCGCGUAUGACACGGCCGUAGUGAGAGAUGAAAGUGGAGAAAUAAUAGCGACUCGGUUCAUGGCCUACCACACGCCUCUGACCAACUCUCAGGAGUUCACGGCUGCGCUGCUGAAGGCCAGAGAGCUGGCUGAAAACAUCACCAUGGGCAUGAGGCAAAUAGAAGGCACCUCGCCCGACUUCGAAGUAUUUCCUUACACGAUAACCAACGUGUUUUACGAGCAGUACCUGACCAUCGUGCCGGAGGGACUCUUCAACAUCUCCAUGUGCCUGCUGCCGACCUUCGUGGUGUGCUGCCUGCUGCUGGGCCUGGAUCUGCUCUCCGGCCUGCUCAACUUGCUCACCAUAAUCAUGAUCACCGUGGAUACCGUUGGCGUCAUGACACUGUGGGACAUCCACUACAAUGCGGUGGCUCUUAUCAACCUGGUCACGGCGGUGGGCAUCUCUGUGGAGUUUGUGUCGCAUAUGACAAGAUCCUUUGCGCUCAGCACUAAGCGCACGCGUGUGGAAAGAGCAAUGGAGGCUACAGCCAACAUGGGCAGUGCAGUGUUUGCUGGUGUUGCUAUGACCAACCUGCCAGGCAUCCUUGUUCUGGCGUUUGCCAAAGCGCAGCUUAUCCAGAUGUUCUUCUUCCGGUUGAACCUCAUCAUUACCCUCCUGGGGAUGGCUCAUGGGCUGAUAUUCCUCCCCGUGCUACUCAGUUAUUUUGGUCCGGGAACAAAUAAGGCGGUGCUGCUGCAGCUCCAGAAGGCCAAAGCAAAGUCCACCCAAGAGCUCGAGACAAAGAGCAACAUUAGCCACGCUUAUGAUAAUAUAAGCUAUGAGGACAAUGAGGUAAAAUGGGACUGUGUCUCAGAAGACACAAACCCUCCCACCUACGCCGAAUCAUGUGAACCCAUAGAACUGGGGGAAAGAAUUGACCGGUUAUGAGCACCAAACGCCAAGGACUGAUUUCAAGCCCUGAUGAACAAAUACCUCCUUAACAUGCCGAGCAGGGAUGGACACAGAAACGGCCACAUAACAAGGAGUCACGUAUCUGAAUCCAUCCGGAAAUCAUUAACUUUAUUUAUGUACCUCAAUCAGAAACUGAUAUGUGUGGCUGAAGAUAACACACAGUUGUGCAAUAUUUCGGAGCAGUGCAACAGCAGACUAUCGCCACGAGAGUCAGCCUUCCCAUCGCAACACAUGAAAUGCUUCAAUCGUGAGAUUUUUUUUUUUUAUUUUAUUUUUGAUGAAGUAGCCAAUUUGUAUUUUGUUAUUAUUGAUAUUUUUUCUAUUUUACUGAAUGUAAUUAUUUUGUAUAUGUGUGAAACUUCACAGUAGGAUGUCCGGCCUGAUUAAAAGGAACGCACACUCCAGCACUUGAUAAUAUAUCUUCCUCCGUGCAAUCGGCGACAAAAAAAUAUUAAAUAUGUUUGUUGGUGAAGUGACAAUAAUGGUCUCGCAGAAACAGUGUUUGGUACCGACAUGUGUUUAAUUUAUUGUGUCAAAACAGACGCACAUUUUUUCUUGUUCUUUGCUCUUCUACAAGUACAAAGGUAUGGAAGAAGACCCGGUAAAACUGGUAUUGAAAACAAAACGACUUCACAAAAAUAAAGGAGCAUUCUUCUAAAAUGUC